AUGGAGGAGGCAAACGCGGACGAGGAGGAGGAGGACCAAGGAGGAGGAGGCGAGAACGAAGAAGAAGAAGAGGAAGAGGAGGAAAGCAUCGUUUCGGAAACAAAAACGGAAGAAGAAGUGGUGAUAAAAAAAGACCCACCGUUCUGGCACUUGUCCUUUUGCUCGGACGCGGAAAUCCGGAAUCUCCAACACCGUGACGAAACGAACAACGGCGACUUUGAAAAGGAAAAAGACGAGAUGAUUGGAAACGAACCUCUGUUUCAAACUCUGGCGGAUUUGAUGGUGAUGGCGUUAUCGCUGCAAGAAGUCGUUCGACAGCUGGAGUUUUUUGAAGGCGAAAAUAUGAGCGAGUGCACGACGCAACCGAGAAUCACUCUGGCGGACGUGUUGGAGAUUUGCGACGAGGCGGUGCAAGUGGGGUACAGGCAGGCGAAGGCGCACGCGUUACGAAGGACGAAUUACGAGGCGAAUAAACAACCAGACAUGUACCCGAUAUAUAAACAGAUAUGGCAUAAACCAGAUUUUAACGACCCGUUUCACGUCGUCAUCGUGGAUACGAAACGGAUUAAAGGGAAAGAUGUGUUUAAAGUACUCACGGAGAGGACGAAAACGCAAAGGCAUUGUCGCGAGAGGAAUAAGGUGUGUAAAAAGGUGUUUUAUUGGCGAGGUGGGGUUCCUCAGUUCGUGAAGAGAGAGGAGUUGAAGACAUUCGAAGCGAAGCAAAACGCGCGGUCGAAGUUAGAUCCGACCGGGGAGACGCCGCCGGUGGAGAGCGUGUUUGAGGACGAGACGACGUUGGCGAGAGCGCUGACGAGGAUCGAGAACGAUCCGAGGGUGAGCGUGCCGGUAAGUAGGGAGGAAAGUAAAGCGGAGUUAAUGCGAUCGAUGUAUUUAGAAGAACACGAGAGGUGGUGGAACGAUAUGCUGAGUCACGCGUUGACCAGGUUUGACGUCUACGUAACGCAGGCGAAAUACAACGACUUGUUACAGUUGAAGUAUAAGAAAACGAAAGACGGAAGAGAUAUUUUGAUUGUCCCGAAGAAGAAAGGGUUCUUUUCCCGAAGCUGCGACAUGUGCGUGGUAAUGUAA